AUGAAAAAAAAGAUCUUAUUAAAACUUGGAGAAAUUGAUAAUGAGAUUGGUGUAUUUAACGAAUUUGAUGAAUUUUUAUUGAAAAAAAGCACAAAAAGACUCCGUAUUUUUUCAAGAAUACUUGAUAUUUGUAAGGAGCUGAUAAUAUCAAACGUGGUGGCAACAAAACAAAGCGUUUAUUACCGUGAUGUAAACCUGUUUGGGAAUUCAGAACGUGUUGAUCGGGCUAUAGAUGAUUUAUGUUGUAUUUUUCGGGUUACGGGAAGAUCCCUAAAUUUGAUUGCUUCUGCAAAAGGGUUGAUUUCUGGAGAUUUUAAGCUAUUCAAAAACAAUCAAAUUAUUUUAGAAGAUUCUAUAAAUUCAACAAACCUUGAAAGUGAAGCAAAAAUUAUCAUUGUUGUAGAGAAAGAGGCAACUUUUCAGACAUUAUUAUCUAACAAAAUAUUUCAAAAGUUAGAUUCGUGCAUGUUAAUUACUGGAAAGGGCUAUCCUGAUGUUGCGACUAGGCAACUAAUUAAAUUAUUUUGUGAUUUACAACCUAAAAUCAAAAUUUUGGGCUUCUUUGAUAGUGAUCCUCACGGUAGUUAUGAUAUCCCAGAUAGUGCACUAAUCAAAAUGACGAGCAACGAUCUAAAAAAGUGCAGAGAAUUAUUAAAAAAUGAUAAUUUACCAGAGACCUGGGGGUGA